AUGUUAAAUACUUCUACAAUACAGUCAAAUACAGAUGAUAAAUCACAUCUGUUCGAAUCAACAUCACCUAAAUAUACACAACAUAGUACUAUUCGCAAACAAGUCAUAACAAAUAUUCCGGUCGAUGAUAAUGAAUCCGAAGCUAUUGAAAUACAAGAAAAUAAGCCUAUGCUAUCUUCUGUAGUCAAUACAUCAAACGAUAAUCUACCUUUACAUUGUAUAUCAACUGAAUGUUCUACAAGUAACGAUUCAUCUCAUACUGGCAAUAAUAGAAUAAUUUUAAAUGUCGGUGGUAUUAAACAUGAAGUAAUGUGGCGUACACUUGCUCGUCUACCAUAUACUCGUCUAGGUCGUUUAGCAGAAUUACGUCAAUCAACAAUAUUAUUAUCAUGUCCAAUUUCACAUGAUGAACUUCUACGCUUAUGUGAUGAUUAUGAUUUAUCAAAUGGUGAAUUUUUUUUCGAUCGUUCAUCACGUUCAUUUACAUCAAUAAUUAAUUUUUAUCGUACAGGAAAACUUCAUUUAGUUGAUGAUAUAUGUGUGAUAUCAUUUCAUGAUGAUUUAAUUUAUUGGGGUAUUGAAGAAUGUUAUUUAGAAUUAUGUUGUUUGAAUAAAUAUUAUCAAAAAAAAGAAUAUGUUUUAGACGAAAUAAAAAAAGAAAGUGAAUUAACUCAAGUUGAAAAACAUGAUACAUAUGGUCAAGGUUAUUGUUCAAAUAUUAAACGAAAAAUAUGGGAUCUUGUUGAACAUCCUCAAACAUCAAUAGCCGCACGUAUUAUUGUCUUUAUCAGUAUUGCUUUUAUUUUACUCUCGACCCUUACAUUAAUUAUAGGUACAAUCGAAGGUAUUGGUUGUACACCAAAUAUGACUAAUAUUGAAAUGAAUGAAGAACAAACAUCUUCAAAUCAUCGAAUUUCUCAACAAGAUAAAAUUCCUGAUGAAUGUAAUGAACCAUUAUUUUUAUUUCUUAUUGAAUUAAUAUGUAUAUCAUGGUUUACAAUUGAAUAUAUUAUUCGUAUAUUUACAACACCAAAUCGAUGUAAAUUUUUGAAAAGUCUUUUAAAUAUAAUUGAUCUUAUUGCUAUUGUACCAUUUUAUAUUUCAAUUACACUUGAAACAAUAUAUAUGGAUAAUAUAAAAGAUUUACAAAGUGUUAGAAAAACUGUACAAGUAUUUCGUGUAUUACGUAUAGUACGUAUACUUAAAUUAGCACGUUAUUCAACUGAUCUUCAAUCAUUAGGUUAUACAUUAAAACGAAGUUCAAAAGAAUUAUUUAUGCUUUUAAUGUUUCUUGGUAUAUCGAUAUUAUUAUUUUCAAGUUUAGCUUAUUACGCUGAAAAAGAUGGAAAUGCACUUCAAUUUCGAUCAAUUCCACAUGCUUUUUGGUGGGCUAUUGUUGUAAGUUGA